AUUGAACUUAUGAAGAAGGCAGGGGUAGACGGUGACCUAUGUGAUACCAUUGAUCUCCAUCGACAAAGGCUUUCCUUACAUCCUUGGAGUUUCUCGGAUUCGCACCCUAGCGAGCUCCCUAUUGACAGAGGUAAGAUUUAUACCGAUACGAGAGAAGAACUAUGGCUAAUAACGUAGUGGAUACAUCAGCAACGUUGCUUCACGUUCCUCGAGAAACUAGAGACCCCGGAUUUCUGUACCCCGGGUCCUAUCCUCCGGGCCAUCCCUCGGCAAGCAGUAUUCGUAGCGGUGUUCCAUCCUGCACUUCUACCGAAAUGGCGCCGAAGACGUUGACUUCGACGACUUCUUUUGCGAUGACUCCCAGUCAACUCCCAAAACAGAAUGUGCCAGAGCCAGAACCCUUCCCAGUGGACGAUCAAUCAAGCUUCAACACUAGCGUCAAAGGAAAGGAUAGAUUGGUGUUCCAGAACCCCUUGGAAGGCAACCAGCCAUUCUCGUCUCAUUGCGAAUACUCUACCGACAUCAUCCAAGCACCUAUUGGUCAUCAGUCUAUUUAUCGAGACGGCAGUAGUACACUCAGGGCGGCGGAUUUUAGUCUUCAGCCGGACCUUCAGAGCAGUCGCGGAAACUUCUCUGGGCCGGAGGCGGCGAAAACCUCUUCCAACCUCGUCCCUCAGAUGGAGUCCAACUACGCUGCAGCCGCGUUGGACCUUUUUGCCGGUCAGCCAUGGGCGGGGGACGGAGACUACGAAAUGGUUCUGGAUGUUUGCUACACCAAAACGAAUUUGCUUCGUUGAACAGAACCUUUCACGCACGACAAACCCAUGACUCGCACUAACUGGUGCGAACGUUCCGACAAAUGGCCUAGAGGCACUGUUCUACGUCCUCGGCUAUUUGGAGGUAUUCAUAGCUCGACUCUGCCUUUGGCAAUGGUUCGAGCAAGUUGGAUCUGUUAAUCCAGUGGGAGACUUCCUGCUCACGGUAGCAAGAUCUCUCCAGGAGCUGGGCCGAGACACUCCGUCUCAGGGUGGCAACUGAAAAAUUUCCUUGUGUAUACGAAUCUUGUGGCAGUUUAUAGCAAAGGGUCCUGGUUUGUUUCUUGUGUCUGGGAAUGAUGACUUCCCUAUCUCUUACUAUAUAUGUACGGUAUUUGACGGAAGGGUG